AUGGAUGCUGCAACAGAAAAUCGCACCAGACCAAGCAUGGCCAAAGUGAGAGUGGAGGUAACCUUGACCAAGACCAAAAUUUUAGGACACUCUAUAUUGCAAUGUAGAAGGGUUGAAAAAAAGAAAGUUGAGGAGCUGGAGGAUAAAGAAAAUAGGAAGAUAAGGCAGAACGAUAAGGUACAGGUAGAGGAAAUUGUUGAUGUUGAUAAUGUAGUUGAAAAUAAUUUGCAGGAAGCGGAAAAUGAAGCAGAGAAACAGGGGCUAGAUAAGCCGCAAGAAACCUCUAGCACGAGAAUGGAUCAUUCUAUAGUAGAGGCCAAUGAAUCAGUUGGAGAUGGGGAAGACAAGAAAGAAAUCGUCACUGAAGGGCAACUUUGUACAGCUGAAAAUACAAGGCCCACUGCCAGCGAUGAGGAGAAACAACAGUGCCCAAAAAUUAAGAAAGCGACGAAAGAGAAUGAGAACAGUCAACAAGCUCGUAAUAUUAACAAUGAACAGGAUGGAAAGGAUUUGAAUGAAACCGACAAGGCAGAUGAUACCGAUCAAAAUAAUAGUGCUACUGAAGAAUAUGUCGCUGACUCUCAAGAAGAGGAAAAGCAGGACAGCAGCUCACGGGGGUUGGAAGAGGUUGGCUUCAUAACCUCUAGUGUUGACACUUAUAUCAGGAAUCAGCAGGGUAUUCAGCUAUUUGUUGAUUUAAAUACUGGGAAUGGAGAAGAUAUCAAUAAUACUAGCAGUGUUAAUAAAGACGGGGGAGAAGAAAAAGAUGACAAACUUGGCGAUGUGAACUCAUCAAGACAAUCUGAACAAGAAUUACCAGAACAAGUUCAGGAGCAUAUUGACAACACUCCGGCAGAAUCUGAACAAGCGGGAAUCUUACCAAUAAAGAUACUAAAAGGCAAAAGCAAGAAAAGAUCCAAAAAAAGGAAGGAAGUUCAAAAUAAAUCUACCCUCUAA